AUGGCUACUACUACGCGAAACAAGCAUAAACAAUUGGCUAAAGAAGUAGAAAGACAGAGAUUAGUACAAGAAGAAGGGGAUGAUACUGAUUCUGAUUAUAAAAGUAAUUUAUCUGAAUCAGAACAAGAAGCUAGUGACCAAACCAUAUCUGAUAAUGAUGUAGUCGAUGUAAUUAAUAUAACUGAUGAUAAUGAUGCAAAUACUAGCAUUAUUGAAGACAUUUUGAAAAAAAGAAAGCCUCCUAAUAAAAUUACAAGACCUAAAACAAGUUGG